AUGCUCUACGCUCAAGGAAACCGUUUAGUAUAUCGCUAUGAUGCAGAAGAACUUUGGAUUGAUCCAUGGGGUCCGAAUGCAUUUCGUGUUCGCUCAACCAAAGAAUCACGAUAUCCAGAUCCUGACGAACUAUGGGCGCUCCAGGAAAUCGAAACACCAGCUCCGGUAAUCAAUGUACAAGAAAAAGAAGCAUCAAUUAUCAAUGGUUCAAUUCGCGCAACAAUAACCUCAAGAGGAAAAGUAGUCAUCUACGACGGCGAGGGAAAGGUCUUAUUGGAAGAAUACGCACGUCACCGCCUCGAUGUGACUGAUCCAAAAUGUUCCGCAAUAAAUGUCGAAGCCCGCGAGUUUAAACCCAACCCCGGUGGUAACUCUACCCACCACUUAACAGUGAGAUUUGAAUCCCAAGACAAGAAUGAGAAGAUAUUUGGAAUGGGUCAAUAUCAGCAACCUUAUCUGGAUCUUAAAGGUUUAGAUCUCGAACUCGCUCAUCGAAAUUCUCAGGCCAGUGUACCAUUUGCUCUUUCUUCGCGGGGUUAUGGGUUUCUGUGGAAUAAUCCUGCUAUCGGUCGUGCUGUGUUUGGUAAAAAUAUUAUGUCUUUUGAAGCUUAUUCCACCUCGUUCCUCGAUUACUGGGUCGUGGCAGGUGGGAGUCCUUCUGAAAUUGUGCAUCGGUAUGCAGCGGUUACGGGAACAGUUCCCAUGAUGCCGGAGUAUGGACUCGGAUUUUGGCAGUGCAAAUUGCGAUAUCAAACGCAAGAGGAGCUAUUGGAAGUAGCCAGGGAGUACAAGAAAAGAGAAUUACCCAUUGAUCUCAUCGUGAUAGACUUUUUUCAUUGGCCCACCCAAGGCGAUUGGAGAUUUGAUGAGAAAUUUUGGCCGGAUCCAGAUGCAAUGAUCAAGGAACUCAAGGAAUUGAAUAUCGAACUAAUGGUUUCUAUCUGGCCAACCGUUGAUACGAGGUCCGAGAACUUUGAAGAGAUGCUAGAAAGGGGAUAUUUGGUACGAACUGAUAGAGGGAUAAGAAUCGUAAUGGACUUUGAGGGUGAUACGAUUCACUUUGAUGCCACGAAUCCUGGAGCCAGAAAGUAUAUCUGGGAGAAAGCGAAGAAAAACUACUAUGACAAAGGGAUCAAGGUCUUUUGGUUGGAUGAAGCAGAGCCUGAAUAUACUGCCUACGAUUUUGACAACUAUCGCUACCACCGCGGCACCAAUCUUUCAAUCGGUAACACCUAUCCCGUCGAAUACGCUCGAGCAUUCUACGAGGGCAUGUCAGCAGCCGGGCAGAAAAAUGUCGUCAACCUCCUGCGAUGUGCAUGGGCAGGAUCUCAAAAAUACGGCGCCUUAGUCUGGAGUGGUGACAUUGCUUCAUCAUGGUCUUCAUUCAGAAACCAACUUACUGCGGGUUUAAACAUGGGGAUUGCAGGAAUUCCAUGGUGGACGACGGAUAUUGGUGGCUUUCACGGUGGUGAUCCAUCCGAUCCGGCUUUCAGGGAGUUAUUUGUGAGGUGGUUUCAGUGGGGUACCUUUUGUCCGGUUAUGAGGUUACAUGGAGAUAGAGAGCCUAAACAACCCCAGGUUGGCGAAGGGGGUGGAUCGACUUGUCUUAGUGGUGCGCCUAACGAGGUUUGGUCGUAUGGGAAAGAGGUGUAUGAGAUAUGCAAGAAAUACAUGAAGUUGCGAGAGGAAAUGAGAGAUUAUACAAGGGAAAUGAUGGCCGAGGCUAGUGAGAAGGGAAGUCCUGUUAUGCGUCCUCUUUUCUACGAGUUCCCAGAUGAUCCACGAUGUUGGGAAAUUGAGGAACAAUAUAUGUUUGGGCCGAAAUAUUUGCGGGGCAAUCCUGGAAAAUAA